AGAAGCGCUAGCCGGGCUUAGUUUGGUGGUGAACAACUCCCAGCGUGCCACGCAACCCUCCAACUUCAUCAACCUUAUGUCGACUUUGAGUACUUGCUGUUAACGUCGCGCUGAUGAUGACGGUCGUGCCAUUGGACCGACUGCCAGGUCAUCACUCGAGGCAUGUUCCUUGUAUCAAAAUCAACGAUGACAUGGGACUUCGGUGUGGCCCGUCAUCGCCCCACCCCGAACAACCAAAACUCCGUGUCCUGUCGCAUGUCAAUACGCAUGCCCGUUUUGCCGUGACGCUUGUGGAUUCCUGCAGCAUCAAUCCGUUUGCUUGGGCUCUUCAUACAUGGGUGAAGAUUACUGAAUGGACGGCAAACAAACGAAUUCUGACCCGCGGUACAGCUGCUGGUACCUCAUAUCAUCAUCCAGGCACAUCUUGCUCUUCAAGUCUUCGUCUUUCGUUUAAUUUCGAAGCCAAAGCGACCAUAAACAGUCUUCAUCACCAACUUGCCGGGCCGUUUCGGAGAUCAUCUCCCAAGCAAUUUGGAUUGGAUCCGUCAUUUGCUAAACUGGAACAGCCAUGGUCUGAAGAAUGCAGGCGAUGCAUCCUUUCCUUACCGCCCAAAAAGGAGAAAGACGGUGAGAGGAGGAUUUUCGAUGUUACAGCUGGUGUCAUUCCUUGGUUCCGUUCGCCCUGGAGGACCACCAUCUGGCACAACUUUCCAACAUCCAAGUCUCUUGCUUCAACGUCUUCUUUGUAGAAAAGCAGCCAUGGAACUGUCAGAAAAUGGUUGAUCCAUUACGUCGUCUUCGGACCUAAAUGUCUUGUCAUUUCAGCAGCAGAAGUCUAAAAUAUCCUACUCCCUGCGUCGGUUUCAGUUUGCUAGUAUGUUCUUUUCGCAACGUGUUGUCUCUCGCGAGAAUUACAUGAAAGGUAUCUUCAA